GAUUUGAGUUUAAUAACUGAAAGUAAAUCGUCCGUUCAAUGAAAUUGGAGACUUUUUCCACCGACAGAUGUCAAGACCAGCAAAGAAGCGCCAUCUGUUCAGUUGAUUCAAGUUUCAUUUCACUUCAUGUUCAGUUGAUUCAACUUGAACUUGACUCUUGACCAUUUUGUACCAAACAGUUUGGAAUAUUAAUCGCCAUUCAAAAUCCUUCCAAUUAAAUCAUUUUUUUGUGCAACAACAAUUGAAACGAAAUGCUACUCAUUUUCAUCAGAAUUUUUUAAAUCUAUUUCAUUCUGGAUUAUUGUGAUUUAAUACUCAUUACUGUUGACAACUUGUCAAUUCGGUUGUGUUUGUGUGAAAAUCGUAAAAAUAAUUGAAUCACAAUUGGAUUUGCCUGGUGAUUAUCUUCAUCAACCUUCCCUUAGCUUUGGUUAGCGACAAUUUGCUAAUUAUUUUUCCAUCUAAAGUUGAUUAUCUCAAGAAAAUUCCCAGUUUUCCAAUUAUUCAGUGUUUUGUGUCUUUUCAUCUGCUCGUCUUCAGCUGGUUUAUACGUUUAAAGAGUACACAGUUUUCAUGUUCUAAUCCUUUUUCACCGUAAAUCACUCGAUCUCAUCCAAUUGAUUAUCCUUUCACUUCUGGGAACAAGAUUUGCUAAUGGCGCAACAGUUGGACCUUGCCUUUUGGUUGACAAUUUUUCUUGUUUACUUUUACUUACACCAAGGUGAUUAAGUUUACUUUGGAUUCAACAUUUUCCCCUAAUCAACAAUCAACAAGAACUGAAUCAUCUUUAAUUGUCACCAAGAUGACAUUAAUAACCACUUUUUGGACUCUUCUUGUCAUCUGUAGUUUAACAUUGCAAGUUGAUGGAGCCAAAUAUGCGACCCUGUUGACCUGUGAAGGCCAAUCUGCUAACAUAACCUGUAACCCUGGAACGAGGAUAAGCCUGAUUCGAGCCAAUUUCGGGCGAUUCAGCAUUUCCAUUUGUAAUGACCAGGGAAACGCUGGAAUGCAAGUUGAUUGCAUGUCACACAUUAGCUUUCGUGUUUUAAGCGAUCUAUGUGAAAGUAAAAAUGAAUGCCAUGUUACGGCAACAGCAGAACAGUUUGGUGAUGGUUGCCCUGGGAACACCAAGUAUCUUGAAGUUCAUUAUCAAUGUAUAUCAGAUCACAAGAAACGACGUCCCAAUAAACCUGGUCAAUGGACAACCCAAUUGACUACAACAACAACCUCUACACCUUCAACCACCAGCACAAGUUCAACUACAACAGUCUCACCUUACGUGCGAAGUGAUAAAGCGCCUUCUCGAGACAAUAAUCAAAAUGCAAUAACCAAAUCAAGUUCAACUAAAGAGUCAACCUUUACAAAGACUAAUCACAUUUCAUCCGAUGAAGGAGAUCAAUCAUCUUUUCCAAUUUUAUCCUCUUCAACUCCAUCUUCAUUACAUUCAUCUUUUUCACCUUCACUUGUACCUUCACCAAGUUGGCCUGAUCAUCCGCCCUAUGAUGGAUCCGUGCAAUCUUCACCUUUUCCUUUACCUGAGAAAACAUUGCACCCUCCUUCAUUACCAUCUUUUACUAAGUCAAAUGCAUCCUCCUCCUCCUCCUCACCAUCAUCAUCAUCCACGUCUUCAUCAUCAUUUUCAUCUUCUUUCCUUGAUCAUCAUUCUCACAAUGAAAGUGCCUUUUGUCCUUCCAUCACUUCACGUGGUCUUUUCUGGAACUGGACAAGACCAGGUUCAUUAGUCCGUCAAGAGUGCCCCUACUUAGGUGAAGGAUCAGCCAAAUGGUUUUGCUCAAUUGAUCCUUACGGAACUGCCGUUUGGAUAAAGCCGGAAGCCGAUCUGUCCGGUUGCCGGUCAAAAUGGUUAAUGUCAGUUGAGAAUAGGAUUCGUGAAGAAGAGCCCAUUCUAACGACAGCCUUUGACCUGGUUGAGGGAACCAAACACCGUCCACUGUUUGGAGGUGACAUAGCCCCUAUCAUUGACAUUAUUAGUCAAUUGAUUAGUAAAAUUGAAACUGGCUUAUCAGAUUAUCCUGAAGAUAAGCAAUUUGCUUUUGUCAAAGAAACUCUUAAAAUAAUGCUCGAUAUUUGUAGUAAUCUUCUUGACGAUAUUCACCGAGAUGCUUGGUAUGAUCUUUUACCAGUUGAUCGAACUCGAUCUGCGGCUGCCUUAAUCAGUGAAUUUGAAAGGAUAACUCUAGUCUUCAUGGAAACUGCAUCAUCAACUGGUGAUUAUUAUCAAUCAAAUGCUAACUUGUAUAUGUCUAUUCACGCUCACCGAUUGGAUCAAUUACCGAAUGGCCUGCAAUUGCCUAAAGAAGAUGUAAAUUCAAAGAAAACUAGUGACAAUGUAAUAAAAUUUCGGGACCAAAAUUCUGCCGAUUUUCCAAUUUACGAUGGUGACAAUGAGAAUAGUAAUUCAAUAUAUUUACCUCGGAUAAGUUUAACUGACCUUACACGACGUAACAUGAUUCGAAUAGGUUACAUUGUCUAUGGUAAAAUGGGUCACCUUUUAGAUCCCAUUAUAAGUGAACCAUCUGGUUUGUUAUCAUCAAUGGGAUCAGAUUCAGAGAUGCUGAGUGACAGAGGGAUAAAAGAGUAUAAAAUGAAUAGCAAUAACAAGGAUAACAAUGAUGUUGAUGUUGACAAUAUCAACUCUAAUAAUAAUGAUAAUGAUCAACAUAUUGUGGCAACAAUUGUCAACAGCGAUGUGGUCGGUGUUUUGGUUCCCAAAGAUGGUUCCUCAAUGAUUCUGUUGCGAGAACCCAUUGAGAUAAUGUUUCGCCAUUUAAUUGUUGAAAACAUAACCAAUGCUCGUUGCGUCUUUUGGGACUCAUCACAGUGGUCAGAGUUUGGUUGCACAACUGUUAACUCAAAUGAUACUCAUACUCUGUGCCGUUGCAACCAUUUGACCAACUUUGCUGUUCUAGUUGACUUUACUCGACAAGAGAUGACGGGUUUCGGUGGAUUGAUACUUCAUGGCCUUACUCGAAUCGGUUGCAUUGUUUCCUCAUUUUUCCUCUGCAUUUGUUUACUUACUUUUCUCGUUUUCAGAAAUCUUCGAGCUGAACGAACCUUUAUCCACGCCAAUUUGUGCCUUUGCCUACUGGCAGUUGAACUCAUCUUCAUCUUGGGCAUUGACAAAGUUUACCUCAACACCUUUUGCUCAAUCAUUGCUGCAUCACUUCACUAUACUCUAACUGCUUCAUUCCUGUGGAUGCUCAUGGAGUCGAUCCACCUUUACUAUACACUUAUCGAAACCUAUGAGACAACCUCGUCUCGACUGCCCAUCUACCUAAUCACUGCCUACAUUGCACCCUUGACCCUGAUAGGUUUAACCCUCGGUCUAUCAGGAUCACCGUACGGUGGAUCAACCGUUUGCUGGAUCAACUCGACGGUCGUACUUCAAUCAUUUGUGCUUCCAUUGGCUUUCAUCCUUUCCUGUAACCUUGUCUUACUGAUUAUCGCUCAAUGUGCCAUAUCUAAACAUAUAUCAACCUCGUUUGUCCAUAAAGAGGUUAAACAUCAGGAUAAAAUUAAACAAAUCAGACGACAAGCAAUUCUAAUUGCAAGAUAUAAGCAGCUUAUAUUAUGGGCUCGUGGUUCACUUGGAUUGAUACUUAUAUUGGGAUUAACCUGGUCUUCUGGUGUCCUUUACAUUUCCUUUCCUAGCUUCUUGACUGCUUCCCUUUUUACCGGCUUCAAUGUGCUUCAAGGAGUUUACAUUUUCACCUUUCAAUGUUUGGUCAAUGAUAAAGUUAGACGUGAAUAUGUUCGGGUUGUGUCUCGAUGUCAUUGGUUAUCCUGGUUAUGCUGUCAACUGUGUGCUCAAUUUGACGGAGAAAAGGUUGCCUCUUCAAGUCCAGCAGAAAGGUCAACUUUCUUCCAUCCAUCAGCAUCUUCACCUCACCAGUCUUCGUCCCUUAUCCAAGGGACUUUGGGAACUUGUUCAACCAAACCUUCAUCUUCUGGUUCUUCAGCUGGUGGCAGUAUAAUGCCUCAAGGAAUACCAAUGUCUUGUCCCUAUCCAGAUAAUUCAUGUUAUCCUGAAUCAGAAGAACCAAUGAUUGGUCCUGGAUCAGCUCAAUUGCUCACCUCGGGACGCAAACCAACUGGUGUUUCAGGAUUGGGUCAUGAAGAAAUGAGUCGUCUUUAUGACCAUUCAAUGGAUACUGAUUUAGAGAUGGAAACUCGUGCAUUGAUGGAAGGAUUAUCACACUCGGAUGCCACAACGGGACCGAUGAGACCAAUUAUCAUGAGAAGUGACGUUUCGCUGACUCGUAUUCCGGGUGAACAUUUGUAUGAAUGUAUACCAGAUGAUUCCAACUAUCAUCAUGUUCAUGGGAACAAUUUUUUACACUCAAGUGCUUUAACAGGCUCACCGAGUCAAUUUCAGGGUUCCAUUUAUUCACAAAACUCUUACCAUCAAUAUCAACAGCCAUUAUCAUCUUCUCAUCAUAAUAAUCAUUCAACUUUAAACUCUUCAACAACCCAUCCCAAUCAUCAUCACUCAUCACAUUAUUCAUCUCAUCCUCAUCAUCACCAUUCCCUUGCACCAUCAGAAUAUCAAAAGCUCCACCUAUUCAUCAACAAUAAACCUCAGUCUGCAGACAAACGAUCACUUCUUCGUGAUCAGUACAAGUACAAUAAUAUAAUUGUUGGACCAAAUGGUACUCUAGAUCGUAGGACAACACUGGUGCGUUCAACAUUGCCCAAUCACCGAGCUUCAUCUGAUGAACUUUUACCGGCAAUAAUUCGAGACAAUACUCGAACAGCUUACGAGUCGAAUGGCCAAGAUCAGCAAGAAUCACAGAAGCCUCAAAACCAGAGUCACAAGGAGCUUCAAGCUUCAUCAUCUUUAUCAGCAUCUUCAUCAUCAUCUUCCUCUUCAUCAUCACCCUCAUCAACUUGCAAUCUUCCAACCACUCGACUUAAUAUUCCAGUUUCACCUCGAUCGCCUCAAAGAUCUCUAGGUUCUUCAUCUUCACACAAGCCAAGUAAAUCCAACAAAUCUAAAACUGUGUUUGCCAAAUUAAAAGGAAAUCAAAUUGUUAGCACAACGGGAGCAGUUAAUGGUGACCAUUGUUGACCGCUCAAUCAAUCACUUUUACAGUAAACUCAAAAUUUUAAUGAAUGUACAUUUAAUUUAAAACUGCUCUUUAAACCAAAACAAUUUUCCAAAUCAAGCUUGCUGGUCUUUUCGUUUAGCUCUUCAAUGGAUGAUAAUUCCAUUCCCAAUUGAAAUGUUUUUUACACUCGGACCAAGCAAGACGACUUUCAACACCGAUCAAUUGCGAUAAAACGUUUCUGUCAAAAUGGCUCAACAAUUUUCUACAAAAAAAUUAUUAAUGUAAUUUUAGAUUAAUUGAUAAUUUAAAAAUGUCCAAAUCUACUUCUUUUUGUCAUCUAAUUUUGUAAAAUAUAUAAAAAUGAAAUUUGUUAACAUAAAAGUCAAUCCAAAUAACAAACUAAUUAUACUGA